AUGUUAGAGCUCCAGAGGGCGGCAGCGGCGGCUGCGGCCGGGUCGCGCGUGGCGCCCACGGUCGUCGCCGUCACAGCCACAACAUCAGACUCGGAGGCGGCGAGCGCGGCAGGGCAGCCGUCCCCUUGCAUGACCACUAGUGACAGCAUACGUUCGUUUGCAGAGACCAGCAUGAACGUGACGGUCAAGGAUCUGGCUUACAGCGUGGCCAGCAACACCUCCAAGAGGAAGGAGAGCAUCACCUUGCUCAGCGGCAUCACGGGGUACUUUGAACCCCGUGCCAUGUGCGCACUCAUGGGCCCCAGUGGCAGCGGCAAGACGACGCUGCUGGAUCUGCUGGCGGGGCGCAAGACCGCGGGCCGCGCCACGGGGGAGAUCCUGUUCGCCGGCAACAAGCCCACGCGCGCCUUCUUGCGGCGGUACACCGGAUACGUGAGCCCCGCGCCGCAGGGGCGAGGGGCAUCAGGGGACGUGGAGCAGUUUGACACGUUGCUGCCCAGCCUGACUGUGGAGGAGAUGCUGCUGUACACGGCGGAGCUCACGCGGCCGCGGCAGGAGGGGCGCGCAGCCAAGAGGGACGCGGUGGAGGUUGGGUGCACAGCCGCGUGA